UAUUUCAUCAGGAGCAGUAUUUGACAGUGAUUAUGGGCGCGGCCAAGGGGAAUGGUAUUGCGCAGAAUUUCAGCGUACAAAACAAUGGGAACUGGCACAGGAACGUGCGCUCCCGAGAGUGAAAAGAUCUUAUGUCGUAGGAGCAAAUUUUCAUAUGACACUCAGUUUGCAAUACGUGCAAUGCUCAGAUCGAAAAAUAGGACUUCAAAAGGAAGAGGGUCAUCUUUCCGUUCCAACCACGCGUUUUACCUUUCAAGUUCUGAGCCAAUAUAAGUGGAUCCUUCUGACCAGUUUUGUAAUUGGUAUUAUAUUAGAAGCAUCAAAAUGCCUGCUACUUUGACAGGACGAGUGGCUUUUUACGCUAUAUUGGUCAUCAACCACCUUGCUCCUUUGAACACCGCAUGUUCAAACUGUCCUUUUCAAUGGAAAGAGUUCAGCGGUCACUGCUACUGGAUGGUCACCGAAAAGAUGAGCUUUCAGGCGGCCGAGAACCACUGCCAAGAUCGCUCAUCGAAACUUGGAAUGCAGUCGCACUUGAUGUCCGUGACCAGUCCGGAAGAGAGCGCGUUCCUGAGGAACUACACCGCAGACGUCUUAGGAGAGGGGCACCAGGCAUUGUGGAUCGGACUGAAUGACCGGGCCCAGCCGGGCAUCUUCGUGUGGACCGAUGGGAGUAGCACCCCCUACUGUGACUUCAACCCCGGAGAGCCCAAUGGUAGUAAUAGCGAGGACUGUGUUGUGCUGUGGAACGUCGAUCACUGGAAUGACAUCGAUUGUGCACGAAAUUUCGAGUUCGUCUGCAAGAUGCCCGGCCGAUUCCACAACUGACUUGUAAUGCGCGCUCAAGCAUCAUCGUUUGCCCUGGAUUAGUAGGAAAAAAACCUGGGCCAAAGCAAAUACGGAUGUUAACUCAUGAAAGUCUAAAUACAUUUUAAGAAUUUAUCGAUUGAAAGUGGGCCAGUGGUCAAGCUUUAAAAACGCCAUUUGUUUAACGCAUGAAUGUACAUGUACUGUAGAAAGAACAGUUGACUAUGAAAAGAGUUUACUAUUAACACAGCUUUUUUUGAUCAUCACAAGAAUGCAGUAUGUCAGUGUGCUUUACAGGAAACUGAAAACACGCCGUGCCGCAAUAUCAUAUGUUUUGGUUCCAUCAACGUUUCGGACGGAUUUCUCUUGUCAUCUUCAGAGAUACCAAAUAGAGGCAGAAACAGAGCACCUUGCCUUCACCGCUAUUACUCGGCUUUUGAAACGCAGCAGAUAGACUUCAAUAUGCACCUGCUAUAUGUCUUAGUGGCCAAACCAUCAAAUUCGAAACACCCUCGUAUGAACAUUUUUUUUUCUUAAAGGAAAAAAACUUGUAUUUAGACAAGGAGAAAAUGGAGGCAGCAGCGAACCUGAAAAUGAGAUCAGCGAUCGAUAGCUUGAUGCAGGUGCAUGAAUGUCUGGCGGGGCGGAUACAUUAACGUCUCUCCAUGCACCUGAACACCACAGGAUGAACGCUUGGCGAUCGGCGGCGUUACAGGUGUCAAGUUACCAGGAAAAUAUCAUGACAGUAUACGGACGAAUGCCUGGGAUUGCUGAAAAACAAAAAUCUCCCUUGGUACUGAUAAACCUUUUCACUAUCUGUGGUUUGGAGGACACGUUAAAUGACUGUUUUACACAACCUCUUCAUUAUUUUACAUUCCAAAUAUUCGUGCCUUUUCAGGUUAUAGUUCUUUUGAAUGUUCCUUUACUGUCGAGGUUUAUUAUCCUAGUAGGCCUAAUAUUUUAUGAAAAAUCAUCAUAGUCUAGUCAAAUGAUGAUCAAGACGUAUUUCAGAUUUAUAAACUGGCGUUGUGCACAGCUUAAAUUAGAUCACUCAAAGUAUGUUAUUUCCACUUGACUGACGAGAAAAUGGCUUUGGGGCACGCAAUUAACUGCAUGACCUUAGCUGACAAUAGUGAGUAAAUCACAUAUAUAUAGCGCCCUCCACAGUCUCACACGGACCCGAUAGAAAGUUAAAACACCUGAAGUCCUGUUUUGAGACAGGUCCAAUAACAAAACUUGUGCGUUGGAUGGAAGUCAGCGACAUGACAUCACCUCAUUUCGUUUAACUCAAAAAAGUUUGAAUAUGACUUUCUGAAAUUUACGCUGUUCGUCCAAUUUUCUAAUCGCUGCUUUAAUACCGUAGGCCUAAGCGAAUAAUCUCCGCUUACCACAGUGCCAACAUUAAAGGCAUAUAUGACCAUUUGCAUUUACCCCAAAGUAACCUACCAAAUUAUUAUCAAAAAGCUUAGCUUACACGGAUUAAGGAUCGUACUGCUAAACAUGAAAUUAUCACGUCGUAUCUGGUUUGCUGCCAUUUAGAUUUCCAACGAUGAAUCUUUUCGAAGAAAGAGUUAUAAUGACGAUAUAAAUCGUGUUUUGUGAUAAAACACAAAAAAAUUGGACAACGGCGGACGAGUUGGACAACACUCGAGUUGACUUUUCCAGUUUAAUGCACAACGGUCGAGUUGGACAACGGACGAGUUGAUAAACGGUCGAGUUGACUUUUCCUGUUAAACGCACAACGGUCGAGUUGGUUCAACGGUUGAGUUGGUAAUGGUCGAGUUGGUCCGAGUCGAGUUGGUAACGGUCGAGUUGGUCCGAGUCGAGUUGGCAAACGGUCGAGUUGACUUUUCCUGUUAAACGCACAACGGUCGAGUUGGUUCAAAGGUUGAGUUGGUAACGGUCGAGUUGGUCCGAGUUGAGUUGGUAACGGUCGAGUUGGUCUGAGUUCAGUUGGCAAACGGUCGAGUUGACUUGACACCAUCAAAAAGUUGUGCGUUAAUUUUUCACCGUUAUCUCGAAAAGUGAUACCAAAAUGAGCUGAAACUUCAACAGGUUAUGUUUUCAACAUUGUUUCCUGGAUUUUGAGUGGCGGUUAUUAUUGGAAAUAAACCAAAUGCACGAACAGCUAGCAAAAUGAUCAGCGAGCGUGUUUCAAGUUCUAGCAAUUUCUAAUAGGGUACAGCAUGUACAGUUAACAAUUGUUGACUGCUGUGAUGUGGGAUAUCA